AUGACGGUCCUCGUCUCGACCCGGGCCGUCCUCACCCUCCCUGACGGCACCCUCACCCUCACCCCGGCCACCAUCAUCGUCUCCUCCAGCACCGGCAAGAUAGUAGAUACCAAGUCGGAGGUCCUUCCCAGAUCAGCCUUCCCCUCCUCAGUGGCCUACGUCGAUCAUGGCUCCAAGCUGCUCAUGCCCGGCCUCGUCGACGCACAUGUCCACCUCAACGAGCCCGGCCGGACCGAGUGGGAGGGCUUCAACACCGGCACCCGCGCGGCCGCCUCGGGCGGUGUGACCACCGUCAUCGACAUGCCCCUCAAUGCCAUCCCGCCAACCACCACGAUGCAUGGUUUCCGGGAGAAGCUCGCCGCCAGCCAGGGCCAAUGCUGGGUCGACGUAGGCUUCUACGGCGGCGUGAUCCCGGGCAACGCGGACGAGCUGCUGCCCCUCGUUGAGGCCGGCGUGCGUGGUUUCAAAGGGUUUCUGAUCGAGUCUGGUGUCGACGAGUUCCCCUGUGUCUCGUCAGGCGACAUUGCUCUGGCCAUGGAGAAGCUCAAGGACUCGCCGACCACCCUCAUGUUCCACGCCGAGAUGAUCCCGCCCAUUGCGGCGUCCGUCGGUGACGCCGUCACCUCGUCCGAGCCUCCGCUUGCCCCCAGCGGCGACCUCAAGGCGUACAAGACGUUCCUCGAGUCCCGGCCGCCCUCGUUCGAGACCUAUGCGAUUGACGAGAUCGUGUCGCUGGCGCCGCUGGCCCCCAAACUGCACCUGCACAUUGUCCACCUCUCCGCCAUCCAGGCCAUUCCAAUCCUCAAGCAAGCCCGCGCUGAAGGCAUCAACAUCACCGCCGAGACGUGUUUCCACUACUUGGGCCUGGCCGCGGAGAACGUCGAGGACGGCGACUGCCGGUACAAGUGCUGCCCUCCGAUCCGGGAGCAGCUUAACCAGGACGGCCUGUGGGACGAGCUGGUGGCGGCCGACUCGUGCAUCCGCACCAUCGUGUCGGACCAUUCCCCCUGCACACCCGAGCUCAAGCUCCUCCCGCGCCACCUGCAGAGCCUCGACCGCCCGGGAGUCCCGCACUCCGACUCGGGUGUCGACAUGAGCGCCGACUUGCGCCGGGCCGCGCAGGAAACCAAGCAGGCGGCCACGCUGGCCUCAGGGACCGGAGACUUCUUCGCGGCGUGGGGCGGCAUCUCGUCGGUCGGGCUGGGCCUUCCGAUCCUCUAUUCUGCGGCCAAGAAGCGCGUGGCGGCGGGCGCCAGCGCGUCGUCCGUCCCGAGCGUGCUGGACAUUGUGCGGCUGUGCUGUGUUGCGACGGCGGCGCAGGUUGGGCUAUCGCACUGCAAGGGCGCGCUCAAGCCCGGGAUGGACGCGGACAUCUGCGUGUUUGACGACAGCGAGGAGUGGACGCUACAGUCGGCGGGGAUGCACUGGAAGAACCGGUGCUCGCCAUGGGAGGGACACCAAUUUACCGGCCGGGUCAAGGAGACAUGGCUGCGCGGCACAAAAGUGUACGAGCACGGCGCCGGCAAGAUGGGGUUCGUGACAGAUGCGCCAGUCGGCCGGGCCAUCACGGAGAAGAGGUUUGCGUAG